AUGAGAAGUUUCACAAGACUCAUCCUAUUUGCCUCGCUAUGUACUGGCGCUUUGGGAGCUCCGGUAAAACCUGAGAAGAUUCUUGUGAAUCUUGACAUUUCCAAGGACGUGCCAGACCAGAUGGAAUAUCGUUCGCCCAGGUGGGAUAAGGACUAUGCAUUAUACCAAAUUAAGCAAUACCUCAAGGGGAUCUACAUCAUUGGUAGAGUGAGUGACGGGGAACACAUUAUAAUGGAGGGGGAUUCUACAUGCGUUGACAAAUACGUCGAUAUUAUAGACCGAUACAAUGUCUACUUGGUGAGGAUUCUGAGUAAGUAUGCGAAUGGGAACGAAUAUUCUUGUCGCAUUGACGAGUUUAGAAGGACGAGAGGAGACCCAAAAUAUGUGCAACAUUACAGAACACCCGUAAAAUUGGACGUUGUAAAGGAGGAAAGGGAUGCUAUCAUCAAACUGAGGUCCACAAUGGAACCAGUUAUAGAUAGAAAGCCAUUGCAUUCAGAGACUGAUGGACGAAAUGGGAAACCUUUACGCAUAACAUACGCUGUGGACGAAGACCUUAAGGAUCAAUUUGUCUUUGGGACGAUAUACUUUGACGGAAAACUUAUAGUCGAGGAAGAGCGCAGUCUGCUAAACAGAGAAGUUGUUUGGGAUAGAAGCGCUGAAAACGUCACAAUAGACGUUUUAUCCUGGUAUAACAAUGGGAUUAAAGUCAAUGCACGGUACGUGCUUGAAGCUGGCAAAGGGUUCAAUCUCGCAUCUGAGGAAAGGACUUUUAUAUGGGCUUAUUAUCUCCAUGGAUGUGAAACUGAGGGGAGUAUUGUCUAUACAUAUGAUUCGUAG